GAAAUUGAAUACAUUUUGCUUAUUUUAUACUCAGACGACGUGUUCCUGCCGCGUCCGCCACCGCUCCACCACGCAGCAUAUACUCACAGCAAUAACAGCAUUGCACUGAACCCUAACUCAUCACUGCACUUGCGAAGACACAGCCACAAUCACGCAUCGCUGAAACUCGUCAUCACACUAUUAGACUCACUAGCACUGAUCUCCUCCUCCUCCUCCGCCGUGAACGUUGGUGGUCGACGACGGCGUUGCGGUUCAUACGUUGUAUUCCUGGAGUGAUGUUGAAUCAUGUGAGCAAUAAUAAUAGCUGCUCAUGGCUGUUGUUUGUAGCGAGGCACUACUCUAGAAUUCAACCCCCAAGGCCGGUUUCUGUUGAACCAGUAAUCAGUGUUUCUAACAAUAUUGCCCGCCUGGAUGCUCCCAAAGAAGGUCCUAAACCCAGACAGCUACUAUCAUUGCCACCUUUUCCUGGUCACCCCUUGCCCGACAAGAGCUCAAUUAGUGGUUCUCGACAGCGUGAUUAUGUUACUGCUGUCAAUUGGAUUAAGUAUUACUUCAAGGGCACAUGGGGUUCUGUCAUUGAAUCCCAUUUCAGGGAGGGUCUUGUGCAAAUGGAGGCUGAUGACUCUUCCACUCAGAAAGAAGAGCAGAUGAAACCUAUGCGAAAGAUUAGACCAAAUGAAGUGAUGAAACGUGGUGCCAGAGUUCAUGUGCCUGUGUCAAUUUGUGAGACUAGGAUUUCCAAAAGAUACGAUGCUAUUCCAAGUGGAACACUAUAUCCAAAUGCCGACGAAAUUAAGUAUCUGCAGAGGCUGGUGAUUUACAAGGACUCAGCUAUUAUUGUGCUAAAUAAACCUCCAAAAUUGCCGGUUAAGGGGAGUUUGCCAGUUCAUAAUAGCAUGGAUGCUUUGGCAGCUGCGGCACUAUCCUAUGAUUAUGAUGAGGGUCCUAAACUGGUUCACCGUCUUGACAGAGAGAGCAGUGGCAUCCUUUUACUGGGGAGAACUAAAGAUAGUGUAUCUCAUCUCCAAUGGUUGUUCAGUAACAUUAACAAUGCAAAAUCUUCUUGUAAGGAUUGGAAUGAAGCAUGUGAAGCUACAUAUCAGAGGUAUUGGGCAUUAGUCAUAGGGACUCCCAAGGAGAAGGAAGGCAUAAUUCAUGCUCCUCUUUCUAAGGUGCUUCUAAAUGAUGGGAAGACUGAGAGGAUAAUACUAGCUCACCAUUCAAGUGUAGAACCUCGCCAAGAGGCUGUAACUGAGUAUAGGGUGCUUGGUCCACAGAUAAAUGGAUGCUCGUGGGUUGAGCUGCGUCCACUUACUUACCGAAAGCAUCAGUUGCGUGUCCAUUGUGCUGAAGCACUUGGCACACCGAUAGUGGGUGACUAUAAGUAUGGCUGGUUUGUGCACAGCCGAUGGAAACAAAUGCCGCGAGUGGAUAUCGAGCCAACCACCGGAAAACCAUACAAGUUGCGGAGGCCGGAAGGCCUAGAUGUUCAGAAGGGAAGUGUUUUAUCAAAGGUUCCUCUAUUGCAUCUUCACUGCAGAGAACUUGUACUCCCCAACAUUGUUAAGUUUAUGCAUGUUUUGAACAAUAGUUCAGAAGAACUACGUACUUCACUUAGAGAGCAGCCUGAUGUUCUUCGCUUUGUGGCAACAAUGCCUUCACAUAUGAGAAUUAGUUGGAAUCUUAUGUCAUCGUAUUUAGUCUGAAAGAACUGCAAAAUGCGUUUUGUUGAUUAACUGAAGGGGAAAGAAAUAGUGUUAGCUAGUAUUUAUUAGUUUAGGCAAAGGUAUCAUAGGUUAAAGUCCAAUGACAUUGAGUAUUAAUAUAUAAUUGAAACUUUUCUGAUUUGUGCUUAUGAAAUUGUUAGUUUAUUUAUUAA